GUAACUAUAGUUUACUUCACAGCCCCUCCACCGCGUUCGAGUUCCAGUUUACGUGUGCUAUAAACACAAACUGUUAAAUCGCGUUCAUGUCUCGUUUUAAAAGAGGAGCACAUGUGGACUCUAGAGCAGGAUUUAGACAGGAGAAAGAGGAGAGUCCUGUGCCAUAUGGAUUACUGAAAGCUGCUAGAAAGAGCGGGCAGCUCAAUCUAUCCGGGCGGGGUCUAACUGAAGUUCCUCAGAAUGUAUGGAGACUGAACUUGGACACACCUCAGGAAGCCCAGCAGAACUUGUCAUUUGGAGCUGCAGAUCGGUGGUGGGAGCAGACAGAUUUGACUAAACUUCUCCUGUCAUCUAACAAACUCCAAUGCCUCUCUGAAGACAUCCAACUGCUUUCUGCCCUGCUUGUCUUAGAUAUCCACAACAAUCAACUAAAUUCACUCCCAGAAUCUAUCGGAGAACUAGAGCAACUGCAGAAACUUAUAUUGAGUCACAAUAAACUGACAGAAUUGCCUUCGGGUCUUUGGAGACUUAAAAACCUGCGAUGUCUCCAUCUGCAACAGAACCAGAUCGAACGUAUUUCACAGGAUUUGGGAGAGCUGGUUCAUUUAGAUGACCUUGAUCUCUCCAACAAUCAAUUAUUGGAUAUUCCAGGAAGCCUGUCAAACUUGACCAAUCUGGUUAAAUUGGAUUUGUCCUGCAACAAGCUCAAGAGUCUCCCUCCUGCCAUCAGUCAAAUGAAAAACCUUAGAUUGCUGGACUGCUCUCGAAAUCAGAUAGAAAGCAUUCCUCCCGUUCUGGCUCAGAUGGAGUCUCUUGAGCAGCUUUACCUAAGACACAACAAGUUACGCUUUCUGCCAGAACUGCCUUGCUGCAAAACACUCAAGGAACUUAAUUGUGGGAACAACCAGAUUGAGGUAUUGGAGGCAGACCAUUUGAAGCACUUAAAUGCUCUGAGUUUCUUGGAACUCAGAGAUAACAAGGUGAAGAGCCUUCCUGAAGAAAUAACUCUAUUGCAAGGCCUGGAGCGUCUGGAUCUUACUAACAACGAUCUCAGCAGCCUGCCAUGUGGACUUGGCACAUUACCCAAGCUUAAAUCUUUGGCUUUGGAGGGAAAUCCACUGAGGACAAUCCGAAGGGACCUCUUGACUAAAGGCACUGGUGAACUCCUAAAAUAUCUCAGAAGUAGAGUACAAGAACAACCUGAUGGGAACUUGAAAGAAGAGCCAAAGACAGCAAUGACUCUCCCAAGCCAGGCUAAGAUAAAUGUGCACGCUAUCAAAACACUUAAAACCCUGGACUACAGCGAGAAACAAGAGGCAUCUAUUCCUGAUGAUGUGUUUGAUGCAGUUGAUGAUAGUCCUGUGGUCAACGUGAACUUCAGCAAAAACCAACUGACUGCAGUUCCACCCAGAAUUGUAGAGUUGAAGGACACUCUUGCAGACAUUAAUCUUGGGUUUAACAAGAUAACAACUCUUCCACUGGACUUUUCUAAACUGCAGCAGCUGGUACAAAUUGAUCUCAGAAACAAUCUAUUGAUGGCACUGCCAGUGGAUUUGGAGGCCCUAACCAAGCUGCGGAGUAUUAUUUUGUCUUUUAAUAGGUUUAGGUCAUUCCCAGAUGUACUGUACAACAUCCCAUCUCUUGAGACCAUUUUAAUCAGUAACAAUCAAGUUGGAGGCAUUGAUCCUCUCCGACUAAAGAUCCUAAAUAGGCUGUCUACUCUGGAUCUGUCUAACAAUGAUAUUAUGCAAGUGCCACCAGAACUUGGCAACUGCUCCAGUUUGAGGGCUUUAAUGCUUGAUGGGAAUCCUUUUCGUAAUCCAAGAACAGCUAUCCUAGCUAAAGGAACAGAUGCUCUCCUUGAGUAUCUCCGAAGUCGUAUUCCAACAUAGUCUUCACUUUUAAUGUAAUUUCUUAAUUCAACCAUUACAUCACACAACAAUCAAUUCUUGUGCCAUUACACUUUGUACCAAAUCAAAUAUUUCUAAAGAAGUGUGCUAAAUCUCAGAAGUACUCUAAUUAUGAUGUGCACUUCAAACAUACUGAACAUUUAAAAACUAAAGACACAUCUCCUGCCAUCUGCAUACCUGAAAAUGUACACUUUAGUACAACAUUAUACAGUCGUUACAGAAUUUUGUAAUGGCAUCUUUUAUAGAAAAUUCUGUCUGCGUGCUUUUUGAAGUUAAGACAUGAGCAUAAUGUGUGUUCAAGUUUUAAAUCUGCAUUUCAUAGUUUCAUGUUUUUAAACAUUGGUCUGUGUAAAUGUUUUAUAUUAUCCAGUAUUGAAUGCACUACCAAUAAAUUAUGAACAAAUAUUAUGAUUUCU